AUGGGUACCGCUUUGGUCCGUGGAGUUCAGCAAAAUCAAACCGUUAUGGCUACAGUGAAACAUUUUUUGGCCAACAACAUAGAGAACACUCGGUGGUGGGUGAGUGCUGAAAUGGAUGAGAAAACACUGCAUGAUGUGUAUUUGAGGGCAUGGGCUUUGGUGGUCGCAGACUCUUCGCCAGAGCUCGUCAUGACAUCAUACAACAGGGUUCAGGGAAAAUGGGCCUUUGCCGACCCAAAGUUCAUUGAUAUUUUGAGAAAUGAUCUUGGCUUUGAUGGCAACAUUAUGACGGACUGGUUUGCGUCAUGGGAAGCCAUCACAGGAGGAAUGAUUCUGGGUGAAGUGGGCAAAACAAGUCCCUUCUAUGGAUCCAAAGGCUUCAUUGGAAGCAACAGCCUUUACAAUGCUGGGGUGGACAUGGAAAUGCCAUUCUGUAGCAAGAACCGGGAUGCAGUGGCCCAGGCGCAGGCAUGCGCCGGGUCUGGGGCAGAGGACUGCAACACGUUCCGGAAGCUCAACGCGGCAACGCGAAGGAUUCUGCGUUCCAAACUCAGGUAUGGUUUGGUCAGCGAGAGCAGGAACCAUACAUCCCGAAUCUCUUGGGACAAUGCAAAAUACGACAGGCUGAUCCUGCAAGCAGCCCAAGAGGGAAUCGUCCUCCUCAAGAAUGACAACUUGCUGCCAAAGGAGAAGGUGCGAAGCUUGGCGGUGCUGGGCUCCGCGGAGGUUUUGGAGCUCGGAGAUCACGGCUCCAGCGCUGUGAAGCCUUCUGGAAGGUUGGUGAAUGUCCUGGAUGGCCUUACUGGGAAGUAUCAGGAGGCAGCUGUUCAGAUGGUUGAAGACUUGUCAAAUGCCUCCCAGGAAGCCUUUGUCCAAUCAGCUGAUUUUGUGGUAGUGGAUGUCGGCUUCAAUUUUACCUUUGAAGGCGAGUUUAUUCCGCCAGCAACUGGCGGCGACCGUCAAUAUUUGACUUUGCACCCUCAUGACCAGCACUUGAUUCACAAGGCAUCCAACUUGAAUCAAAACGUGGUUGUUGUCAUCACGGCAGGUGCAUCGGUUAUCGUGGAAGACUUUGUCGAUAAGGUGAAGGGCAUUGUUUGGAUGGGGUAUCCUGGUCCGCUUGGUGGAGUCGCUCUUGCAAACAUCUUGGCCGGACACGUAAACCCAUCAGGCAGGAUGCCCAUGAUCACGCCAAAGCGGGCGGAGGAUUACCUGCCGCAUGGAACCAGCCUGGCGCCUUGGGCGUUGCAGACGAUCGAUGUGGAGCCCACAUACCCCUACAGCCAUGGGUUCAAACACAUGUGGCAACGUACGGAGGCAAGAUACCCUUUCGGCUGGGGGUUAAGCUACACGCAGUACAAGUACUCGGAGAUUGCUGCUACUUUGGCUGCUGGAAGUGUGCAAGUGGUUGUCCAGGUGGCCAAUGUGGGAGACCGGGCAGGAUUGGAAACAGUGCAGGUGUAUGCGACAUGCCAGGCUUGCCGAAGAAAGCGUUUGCCAAUAGUCCUAGCUGCCUUCGCAAAGGUUGCGUUGGAUGUAUCGGAGACAAAGGAGGUGAAAUUUGUCAUCGAACUCAAGGAUCUUUCUGCCUAUGACGCUGAGGCAAAUGAUGGAAGCUGGUUUCUGGAAAGCAAUGAGUACCAGAUUCUGGUGGGUCCUGCAGCUCGUGAUGAUUUGCUUCUACAAACAAGUGUUGAGAUUUCUCAACAGACCUUUCAGUACCCUGGCAGAGCACGAGCCGAGACACAUGCUGCGGCGAAUACAGAAUGCCAAUGUGUACCAGAAGCCUAUGGCAUGCGAAUCAAGGCGUGGUCGCUUCCAGACAAGAGCCCAGUGGACGUGCUCCUGGUUUUUGCAUGGGCCAGAUGGAACGAAGCCAUGACUGCUGUAUGUGGAGUCGCCUUUGCGUGUUGCUUUAUCCUUCUUUGCCUGUUCUGUUUGCAAAGAAGAGCUGGCAGAAAGGUGGUUGAAGAGGCCAGAGAGAAGAAACAGUCAUGA